AUGCUGCCAGGCGUGCCACCCUUGGUCUUGCUCUGCCUGGCCUUCUCCUUGGGGCACCCCUGCCCGGCCACCUGCAGCUGCCCAGACUCUCACACGGUCGACUGCCGGGGCCGGGGGCUGCCCGGCGUGCCCACCCCGUUCCCCCUGGAUGUACGGAAGCUCCUGAUGGGCAACAACAGCAUCCAGAGGGUCCCGGAGGACUUCUUCAUCUUCCACGGCGACCUGGUCUACUUGGAGCUCAGGAACAACGCCAUCGCUGCCCUGCCGGACGGGACCUUCGGCAGCUCCGGCAAGCUGGUCUACUUAGAUCUGAGCUACAACAACUUGAGCCAGCUGGGCGCCGGCCUCUUCCGGUCAUCAGAGCGGCUGGUCAAGCUCUGCCUGGGGAACAACCGCCUGGCCGAGGUGGACGAGGCGGCUUUCGCCAGCCUAGAGCAGCUCCAGGUGUUGGAGCUGAACCACAACCGCCUGCAGAGGCUGAGCGUGGCGGCCCUGUCCGCCCUGCCCAACCUCCGGGCCCUGCGCCUGGACGGCAACCCCUGGCUGUGUGACUGCGACUUUGCCGGCCUUUUCAGCUGGCUGCAAGAGAACGCCUUCCGGCUGCCCCAAGGUCUGGGUGAGAUCCGGUGCUCCCUCCCCACGGAGGAGAUCUCUGUGCCGCUCAGCGAACUCACGGAAGCCAGUUUCCGGGACUGCAGGUUCAGGCUGUCCCUGGUGGACCUCCUGAUCAUCGUCUUCUCCGGGGCGGCUGUCUCCGUCGCAGCCAUCGUCUCCAGCUUUGUUCUGGCGCUGCUGGUGAACUGUUUCCAGCGAUGCGCGCCCAGCAAAGACAACGAGGAAGAGGAGGAAGAGGAGGAAGGCUGA